UACCACAACCUUCCUUUCCUACUCUUUAUAAACCAACUGAAUCUCGUUCCCAACUUCCCCUUUCCCUUCUUCUUCUCCUUCUUCCUCUGUCAUUGCUUCAGUUAAUUCUUCUUCUUCUUCUCCUAAUUCCAUGGGUUUAGUCGUUAAUUCGAUCUCGUCCUCGGACUUGUUCUUCAGCGACGCGCUCUACAAGGCCGCGUUUGUAAUCGCCGUCCUGAGAUGGGCCUUCUACUGGGCCCUGAGGCUCCGCCGCAGACUCAUGCCCGACGAGGAUUCCGAUCUCCUAGAGUCCGAGCUCGACUACGAACAGUCUUCCUCUAACUCUUCGUCCCAUACGACGUCGUCUCAGCUGAUUAGAGACAGCCUGAUACGGACGACGUAUGAGGAGGUGACGAGACGACAGGGGAACAGCUGUCGUCAUUGGGACACCUGCGCGGUGUGUCUGACCCAGUUGGAGAUGGGGGACGAGGUCCGGGAGCUGCGGAACUGCUGCCACGUCUUCCACACGGAGUGUAUUGACAGGUGGCUGGACUACAACGGGCAUGAUCAUCAUGACGGCGACGCCGGCGGGCAGGAGGAUAAUCACAAGACGUGCCCGCUGUGCAGGACGCCGCUGCUGACGUCGUCGCAGAUCCAGAGUUUGAGCUGGGAGCAAAGUUCUCAGCCGAGCUGGGCGGUGGAGAGACUGCUCUAUCUAUUUGGGGAGGAUCUGGUGUUGUAGUUUUUGGUUUGAGCCCGGGUAGUGUGUAAAUUGUGAUUCUUGAUUAGUACAAGGAAAUAAUUAAAUAGAAAUUUCUAAAUU